UGGCCGGUGCUGCCGGCUGGCGUCAAGUUCGAUCCCACGGAUCAGGAGCUGAUCGAGCACCUUGAGGCCAAAGUGAGUGCUGACAGCGCGAGAUCUCACCCUCUCAUCGAUUUGUUCAUACCAACCAUCGACAGCGAGCACGACAUAUGCUACACUCAUCCUGAGAAAUUUCCAGGUAUCACACUGAUUGGCCUAAGCAAGCAUUUCUUCCAGCGCAAUUCCAGGGCGUUCAAAAGGGGCACGUGGACGCGUCGCAAGAUACAGUCGGAGUGCAGCAUGCACGCGAUGUGGCACAACACCGGCAAUAUCUUGCCGGUGAUGGUCAACGGCCGGCAGACGGGCAUCAAAAAGGUUCUGGUGCUGCACACCAACAAGACCUUCGACCAGCAAAGGACCAAAUGGGUGAUGCAGCAGUACCACCUUGGGGACCUGGAGCAAGAGAAGGAGCGGGAGCUGGUCCUCUGCAAGAUUUUCUACCAGACGAACACUAGGGCCAGCUGCGGCAGCAAUAACCUCCGGGUCAGCGGCAGCCGGGGCAGGAGGCCCUGUGCGCCCGACGGCUCAGGUGCUGAUAGCUCUCACGGAUAG